CCCCCACCCACACACCAGCCCCCAGCAGAAGACUGUAGCAACAGCAACACUUGAAGCGGUGAUCUGAAAGAGGACUGUCCUUCAAGAUGGCCUUGAGCGCGGCUGACAGGGCCGUCGGGGCCAUCAUCGGGGCAGCGGUGGCAGAUGCAGCAGCCCAGCCCAUGCACUGGAUUUACAACCCAGACAGACUGAAAGAAGUUCUCGCCGAUCUGGAGCCCCGUCCGGAGUUUCGGCCUCAGUCAGCGAAUCCUUUUUACCGCAGGACAACAGGGGAGCAGACCUGCUAUGGAGACCAGGCGUACGUCCUGCUGGAGUCACUGAGUCGGUGUGGAGAUGUGGAUGUGAAGGACUUGACCGAGCGCUUCUACAAGUUCUUUGGAGCGGGGACCGUGUACGAUCUGCCCCUCAACGAUCCUUACAGGAAGAAAGGAGGUCCCAAAGCCGUCCUCCCCAUUGACGGCCCUUGGAGGAACGGGAGCCUGAAGGCGUUUAUGAGAAAUGUUGAUGCUGGCAGAGAAGAAACUGGGUGUGACGUGGACUGUCAGAUGGAUGGUGUCACGAAGCUCGCUCCAGUCGUGGCCAUGUUCGCCGGGAGACCUGAGAUGCUGGAGAAAGUGGAAGCAGCCGUACGCGUCACCCAGAACAACGACAUGUGUGUGGCCGUGACUCUGGCCGCAGCAAGACUUCUAGAGCAUUUCAUCCUGAAUGGUCCCGAUCCCAAAGCUCUGGAUGCAGUUCUGGCUCAGCUGAGUGACCCGCAGAGACAGAACCCUCAGGAUCUGGACAGGGCCGUCGUUGCACAUCUCAGCCAGGUGAAGGAAAACUUAUCCAAGGCAUCCCAUCAGCUCAUACCUGCUGUGUUCACUAACACAUGAGCUCUGCCCGGUGCCCUCCAGGGAGCGCUCCACGCGGUCCUGACGCUGAGCCAGCUGGAUGAAGCCGUCAGGGACACGAUGCGCUGCGGGGGAUGCACCGCCAGCCGGGCCUCCUUCAUAGGAGCUUGUUUUGGGGCCCAGGCCGGCCUGCAGGGGAUCCCAGAGUCCUGGAGGAAGAGCACGCUCAGAGACCCUCUGCUGUUGGAGCUGGCCGAGAACAUUGUCAAAAAAAGUCAAAAUGCAUAAAUUAGUUUAAAUUUUGCCCCAUAUAUGUUUGUUUGAUCAGUAAAGGGAGUGUAUAGAAAUACAUUUCAGAGCAAUCUUUGUAGACUUUCCGAACUUCCAGGUGUAGUUUGACACAGCCGUCAAUGACAGUUUCGUUCUCAAGUCUUGUACUGGAUGAAACUUGAAUCCAAUUGCUCUGCCAAAGAUUCAUCUUGUAGUAAAGUGAAAGUCUGUGCAACAUAUUUUUUUGAAUUAAAAACUUCUGUUUCCAAC